AUGAGAACUAACGACCAGCUGCUUGUAAUGAAGAAUUUGGUGUGCGUUUUUAUCAUUGUCGCAUUUUUAGGAAAUUCUAUUAUUCUCAUCAUAUUCGUCGUGACAAAAGAACUUCAAACACAUGUAAAUUAUUUUCUUGCAUCUUUAGCCUUAGCAGAUCUAAUGACUGCUUUAUUUCCAAUGCCAUUGUGGUUAAACUUCAAAAUUUAUAAUCGUUGGCCAUUCAGCAUGGGUUUGUUAAAGACAUGGAUUAGCGCUGAUCUUAUGUUCUGUACAGCGUCAGUUUGCAACCUAUGUGCUAUAAGCAUAGAUCGUUGUCUUGCAAUUGCGUGGCCAUUCGUACAUCGAAGUUGGUUCACUCCGUUUCGCACUAAGUGUGCCUUGGCUAUAGUAUGGGUGUACUCUUGUUUUAUCGUCCUUUUUAUUACAGACUGGAUAAAAUGGAAAAAACGAGGUGUCAUAAUAUCUUGUGCAUCUUUCUAUAUCCCUAUGGUGAUCAUUAUUACAGCAUAUGUUACCAUAUUUAUCUCGCAGAACAAAUCGAGAAUGGAACUUGCGAGUCAGGAAAUUUCCACCCGACACCGUUCCAAACAAGACCUAAAGAUGGCAAAAUACACCUUACUUAUCAUUGUCUCUUUCCUCGUCUGUUGGGUUGGACAAUUUUCGAUGGGAACCGUUUACGCUUUUACCACACCCAAAGUCAGCAGUUUCAUCAAAGAUUGCAUCAAAAAUUUGAGCUACCUUAACUCAGCCAUAAAUCCUUUUCUCUAUGGCUACGUAAGUCCAAAGUUUCGUCUUGCUUUGAAAGCAAUACUUCGUUGUCGUCGUCGUCUCCACCAACCGAUGAGUCAUACGUGGACACAAAUGAGUCCAGCAAGAGGCAUAUCGUCUAAUCAAACUUCCAUCACCAAGAUAACGGAAAAAGCGUCAAUAGGCUCACAGGAAGAGAGUACAGUAUAAACUAUUACCAGCAUGCCUGCAACGAGUUGUUUAUUUAUACAUUGUAACCAUAUAUAAGUGUUGUGAAAACGUUAUCAAAAAAAAGAAAACAAAAGUGUCAUAAGCAUUGUAUAUAUAUGCAUACAUAACGUUAUACUUUAAAUGAAAAAUUAUAAUUGUCGCUUCCACAUGA